CCGCGUAGGGAGGAGGGGAGGAGAAACAACACCAGACUUUCACUCCCAUGUGAAACCAGAAGUCAAAGUUGAUUUAUUUCUCACGUAACAUCCGUUCUUAAGUUACGUAACUUCCGUAGAUAUUUCAGCCCAAAGCACCAUCUUUUCCUAAACCUAACUAAGUUGUUUCCUGUGAAGACAGACCUAAAUUCUUUGGAAAAUGCACAAAAAAAUGAGGAAUAUCUUUACGUAAGAUAUCAUAUGAACCGUUGAGGAUACGUUGCAGCAGUUUAUGCGUAUGUGUGUGUUUUAUUUCACUCGAUACGACGACAAUAAUGGAUCAUGUCUUGUGUUCUGAAACUCGUUGAACUGGAGAGAUUCAACGAUGUGGAGACACAAAGAGAGUGUGAGCAGACUUUAAGUUCUUGUCAUCAUCUCCUCUACUGCUCUCACACCUCAACUAAGUGUGUGUGUGGACACAUUUCAGUGUGUCUUUGCAUGCAUCACACCUCUGUUAUCAUCUUGCAUUAAGCUCAUAACAUACCUUCCCUUAAAAGAGCCCCCCCCACACACAUACAAAGCAGAAGACGUGCACACACUCUGGCUGACCUCUCUGAUCUAUUUUUAGGAAGCGCACCAUUGGUGUCAGAGCGCACACCAGACGGGUGGGUUUAUCUGAACCUCAUCGUCUGACACACAGCUGACUGUCACACCAGAGAGCAAAAGUGAGGAAAAAACGCUCUGAGGUUGAACUUGACUCGACAAACUGAGAAACGACACACAGAGAGAGGACAAAGAGAGUCAUUAAAGGACGAUGUCUGAUCAAACACUGAGGAGAGAUACUGGAUCCUGACUGGUUCGUCUUAAUGCUGACUGAUAGAUUAACUGCCACGAUGUUGACCGUCUCGGUGCUCCUGCUGCAGCUGCUCCUUUCCUCUCCUCCCGUCUCCUCCUCUCCUCUGGCCAAGGAUCAGUCGGUGUGUGCCAGGACUUCCUGCGGUGCAGGUCGAGAGUGCGUAUCGACCGACAGAGGAGAACCAGUGUGUCGCUGUUUACAGCAGUGUGAUGUGAAGGAGCACUGGGUGUGUGGCAGCAACGACAGAUCCUACAGGAAUCACUGUGAGCUGCACAGAGACGCCUGCAGCACCCAGACCAAGAUACAUGUGGAGCACAGAGGACACUGUCUGGAGAAACCAACAAACACAGAUGUGAGCCCCAUCGUGUGUUUCCUGUCUGAUCGUGAUUGGCUGAGAGAGAGAGUGAUCCAGUGGAUUCAGGAGGAGGUUCAAUCUAACAACGUGACCUCCAACGUGACCUCAGGCAAUCACCUGCAGACGUACUUCAAGACGUACGAUAACGGGGAUUCAGAGCUCGACUCCAACGAGUUCCUGAACUUCCUGAAACACAACGAGACGGCCCUCAACCUCACGUACUCUAACACUCUGGAGACUAACAUGCUGCUCAGGUCUCUGUGUGUCGAUGCUUUGAUUGAGCUGUCGGAUGAAAACGCAGACUGGAAGCUGAGUUUAAAGGAGUUCAUCAACUGUCUGACGCCAACCUACCACCCAUAUGAGAGAAAGUGCGCUCUGGAGGACGAAGUGUUCGAGGACGGAGCUGAAACUCGGAUGGAUUGUAACAAGUGUGUGUGUGCCUGUGGGAACUGGGUCUGCACCGCUCUGACCUGCAACGGAGAGCAUCAGAUAGAGGAGGAUGUUCAGGAAGGAGCAGAAGAAGAAAUGACAGAAGAGGAGUGGAGCAGGAGAGUAGCUGAACUCAAUGCUUUACAGGUGGACAGACAUUACUCUCUUUAAAUGUAAUAAAAUUACUCAUUGCUCAGAGGAAAGUAUUCUCCGUACUUUACUGUUUAUUUUCAAGACGUUAUACACAAUUUAUUUCUUCAUGCAAACAGCAGAACGUAGUGUAAUUAAAUAGACUGCAACAUAAUUUAACAUAAAAGCAUUAUUACAUUUGAACAGAAUAAUAACAAUGUCCUUGAAUGCACCACAAAGAAGAAUAUUUAAGAACAUAUAUUAGCACAACUUUGGUAAAUAAAUUGAUAAAUACACUACCAAUUGUUUUCCAAUAAUAAAUAUAUACACACAUUUGCAUAAAGCAGCAUAUUUGGGUGAUAAAUACUUGACUAAUCUCCCUCUAAGGUACAUUUUCAACAGAUAAAAAAUGUGCCAUUAAUUUGCGAUUAAUCGCUAUUAAUGGAUUAAUAAGUGAACGCCCCUUGUACCUGUUCCAACAGGAGACCUGAGGUCACUGCAUCUGUAGCAGCCAAUCAGCAGCUGAGCUCCAGAUAAGACGAACAUCUCAAACCCAAUACAGAUUUUAUUUUUAGUAUCAAUCUUCUUCAAGCUGGUAUAUACAGAGAAUGUUUUUAUACUUUAACCACAUGUUUUUUUUUAUUGAUCAUUUACCGCAGGAGAAGUUGAUUUACAAAGAUUCUUUCAACUCUGUUUUCUAUGUAAAGGUAGUUUAAAUUGGCUAAAUGUUGAUUUUGUUCAUUAUUUAAGAGAAAAUAUUUAAAAUUGAAGUCACCACAAAUCAGCAAAGAAAAUUCCAAAUAUACUGAUUAUUGAUUGAGGCAGCCAAAA